ACAUACACGUACUACUUAUCGUUGACUGCACGUGUUCAUGUUGUUGAAUGCGAAUUUGGAAGCAUGAUAAACAUGAAGCAUAUGUGCAGCCCCACUGUCAAUAAUGAAAGAAAAAUUAUGCCUAUAAUUCCUUAUAUUGCAUUCUUACUGCCAGGCACUUGUUAUUAUGGGUUGACAGGAGGGGGGAAGGCAUUACGCAAUCCUCAAUAAAUCGCUAAUUGAAACAAUCAGUAGUCAAGUGGCGCGUAGUAGGAAGGAUGGAGUCGCUGCCGGCGGAUAGAAUAAUUCGUGCUAAGGGCAGGGGUAACGUCAGGCACGCUGCUGUGGAUUUUAUAGCUGGUUCACUGGGUGGAAUCAGUAUGGUUUAUGCUGGUCAGCCGCUGGAUACUGUCAAAGUUAAAAUGCAGACAUUUCCAAAUCUGUACCGCGGUAUGAUGGACUGUUUGCGACAGACAUGGAUGAAAGAAGGUUUACGCCGUGGCUUGUAUGCCGGUGCAGUGCCCGCAAUAAUUGCAAAUGUUGCUGAGAAAUCAGUUCUCUUUGUUGCUUAUGGUUCGUGCCAAAAACUGAUUAUGAAGCUGACGGGCAUACAGAGAGUGGAGGAACUGGGAACAUUCUCCAAUGCAGCAGCUGGUUCACUUUCUGCGAUUUUCUCAUCCCUUACGCUUUGUCCAACAGAGUUGGUGAAAUGCAAAUUGCAGGCUCUGCGAGAGACAAGUUCACAGUCUAAAACAGCUACUCAAAACUAUGGGCCCAUAAAAAUGACGAAAUACAUAAUAAAAAAUGAAGGAGCAAUGGGCCUGUUUAGAGGUCUGACUUCAACCAUGGCUCGAGAAAUGUUUGGCAACUUCUUCUUUUUUGGAGGAUAUGAAGGUGCUCGUCAGUUGCUCACGCCUCCAGGGAAAUCAAAGGAUGAAAUUGGAGCUGUACGUACAAUGGUUGCUGGUGCUACAGGUGGUUUUGUUUUUUGGCUUGUUGUAUUUCCUGUGGAUGCUGUAAAAUCAAGAAUACAGGUUGGCGGUCUGAAAGAACCCAUGAUAUCUGUUGCCUUAAGGGUGGCCCGUCAAGAAGGGAUUUCUGCCUUGUACAAUGGCUUGCAACCAUCUCUUGUCAGAACAAUACCAGCCUGUGCUACUUUAUUUCUAGUGUAUGAAAAUAGUAAAAAGAUGCUGCUUAAACUUUUAGAAUGAACAGUACGGUAGAUUUGAAUGAUUUUAUCGCAUAAUGGCAAAAUCACUGCCACAGAUUUUGUCCUCAUAGUUAUACAAGUUGCCAAUGAAAAACUGCUUAGAGGAUAGUUUGGAGCAGUGAUACUGAAUAUUGGUUGCAGUGGAGCUCUUAAUCUUUUGAUACUGACAGUGCAAACAUAAUAGGUUUUUAAAAUGUAAACCACAAGAUAAAAUCCAAGAUGGAAUAAUAACAAUAUUACGAAGAGGAUAGACUGCUAUUUACUGUAUAGAGGAGAUGCUGAGUUGCAGACAGGCACAACAAAAAGGCUGCUAAAUGUGUGAGCUUUUAGCCUUUUGGCUGAAAGCUCACAUGUUUAGCAGUUUUUGUUUUUGCCUGUCUGUGACUCAACAUCUUGUCUACAUGGUGAGUAGAAUCUAUCCUUUUCAUACUAUUGCUAAGUACAAUUUAAGUACAAGUAAUUUAAGUACAAAACUUAAAAAUUUUGUUAUAAAUGUAAUUAAAUUAAGCAUGCAUAUAAGUAUUCAUGUGAACACUGCAAGACUGGUAAAUUGUCACUGUUUAUGUGGAGAUAAGGGUAAAUAUUAUAACACAGGGGUUAUUGAUACAGUGUGGUCAUAUGACUGGACCAACACUUACUCAGUACUUGACAGAAAGAAAUCUUGUAACAAUAUGCUAAUACAAGGUAUUUUUCCAUCCUUUGUGUAUGUUUAUUAAGUAUUAAUUACAAAUCAAAAAGAAAGUAGAAAUAAUCAUAAGUAGUUUGUUAUCAUUUAAAUUGCCAAUCAUUUACUGAAAAUAUAUUGUCAAAGCAUGAAGCAUGUUUAUCUAAGCUAUCAUUUAUUGGAUUGCCUAAUUAAUUAUGUUUCUGUAUUUAUUGUCCCACUCUUUAAUUUCAGUUGCAUAUAUUUCCACUUCUAGUUUGUAAGCAGCUUUAUGUCAGGAGUUGUUAUAUAGUGAAGAAUGAAAAUGGUGGUUUAGCAGUUGUGCGUAUCUCCAUAUUUUGUGUUCCAUUUUUUGUUUGUUUUGUUUUCUAACCACAAGUUUGCACAUCAUCAUAUGUAUUCUAAAAAUAAUAAUUAUCUGUCACUGAUGGAUGAUUAUACUAUGCCCAUAUACAACACUUGUAUCUGGGAAAAUUCUGUGUGUGUGUGUGUGUGUGUGUGUGUGUGUGUGUGUGUGUGUGUGUGUGUGUGUGUGUGUGAAACAUGUUACCCAAAUGUAACUAUUAGUGAGUAGUGUCACCGGCAUCUUCAUUCAUAAAUAUAUGGGCAUUAAUUUUUAAGAUAUAUACCUGCAGGGAACUAGAUAAGGUUUAUAAAGAUCAUUUAUUCUUGACAUGUUUGAAACAGAAAUACUAGAUCAUGGUAUAAUAUUCAGUUUCCAAGGAUGUUUUCGUAUAUUAAACUCUUUUUCACAAGUAAAUUUAUAGUUUUAAUUAAAUACUUAUAAAGUGCAUAAAUGUUAAAAUGGAAAUUUUAUGAAAAAUUUCAGUUGUUAUUGAGUGUUUGAUUCAAAUGAAAAUUGUAAGGUUAUCAGUGUUGAUACACAAUUAUGACAAUAAGUAUCCUAAGUGAGGUAUGUGUGAUACCAUAUCGACUAGAUAGUAAGUAACCUUGAAUGAGUCUGUGUAAAUGAAGGGAAAAAAAGAACAGUGCAGAUUUGUUUUCUGUCACAGUGAGCAAUGUUACAAUGUUAUGCUAUAUUGUUGAUUUUCAUUGCAUGUGAACUCAAAAAUUUUUCUGUAUACUUAUUUGCAACUGCAGAACUAUUCAGUGGGCACAUGUUUAUAAGGGUUAUUUCUGUUUGGCUAUUGUUUCUUGUUAUAGGUGGUCUGUGCGGCACCAACACAUCCAUAUUGACUGUUAAUGUAAUUUUCUUUGAGCAGAAGUUCUGGCUUGAAAUUUAAGUACCAAUUUUCGAGAAGCCUGGUUGACUGCAUUACUGUUCAUAUAUAUGCCACUGUUUGAUCUCUACACCAGACAUACACACAAUAACAAAAAUUUAUAAUUUUUAUUCUAUGUAUUGAGUAUGUUCUGGCACAAUGGCACACUUUUUUUCACCGCUUUUAUGUCUUCCUUAUGUUGAACUCUUGCAUAACUAAGGAUUGUUACACCAACAGCAUUUGGUGACGUAUUUCAGUAUUUAGUCUUACCUUCUCAUAGAAUCAAAAAAUACUCUAUCAAAAAAUGAAAGAAUGAAAGGCCGACCAAUGUUGUAUAUGGAUAAAGUGUCAAAACCAUUUUGUUCAAGUUAUUUUCUAGUUGUUCCACAGGUUGUUUACAUGUUGUCCUGCUGUUCUGUAAUGCUAAUCAUGAGUAAAAUAAUGAUGUAAAUGCCUUGGAGUGUUGCAUCUGUGAGAAAAUAUUAAAGUUGUCCCAUCACA